AUGGUAUGCUCUUUGUGCGGAUCGAAGAAGCACAACUUGCGCACAUGUACUUUGCCGGGUGCAGCGCAGCAUCGGAGCAUGCACCGUGAGCUGCUGAAACUGAAAGGGGCUGUGCCAAAUGCUCAAGCCGGGCGAAAACCGCGUAGGCUAGGUGCUCCUACCACAGGACGGUUCCAAGCACAGCGUUCUCUGCGAUACAGUGGUUCUGGACGUGCGAAGCUGCGGAAGGCUGUAGCCAACAAGAAGCGUGCCAAGACAGUGGGACUGACUCAGACCUCUGACGGCCAGCUCCAAGCAGUCAAGGACUUGCGGCGAGACGGCUUCCUGCCAGCAAAGCCUCUGAAGUGCAUGACUUGCAGAGGUCCAGUGGGCCAGAUGCAGCUUCGCGCAAAGGGACACGUGUGGGUGCGCUGCAUCGACACUGACUGUCGAGUAGCCAGGAAUGUCCUUUCGGAGGCUUCCUGGUUGCCAGAUGUCAGCAGGCAACCUUGGACACCCAUGCAGUUGCAGGCAGCUUUACGCCUGAGCACUGCCGGUUUUGGGAAGCAGGCAUCGACUCCGUAUGCCUUGGCUCGCAGUUUGGGCACGACGUACAAGCCAACUUCACGGUUUCUUGAAGCAGUGCGAAGCCUGGAGGCUGCAGCAAGUGAGAAGCUCAAUGCACGCACGAUGCUGGACAAGGCGGUCGAAGUAGAUGGGACUUGUCUGCGCACCUUGCGGGUCUCCAGAUGGUCAAAGACAUAUGCAAACUUGGUGCAAGAGUGGCAGGCGAAGCAUGCGCACCAAGCAUCGCCGGACUACUUCCUUCUGCACCUGCGUGCGCUGGGGGCCACGCAGCGCGGGACGCAGAAAUGUGUCUUUGUUCCAGCUCCUUUGCGCUUAGUUCCUGCUGGCUCCGUGCCGCCGCCCGAGAGCUGCGAGGAUGUUCUCUGCACACGUCUGCUCAAACGGAUUCGCAGUCAGGCAACGUGCUAUGCCGAUGGUGCGAUGGCCUGGGAUCGCGCAGCAGUCCGGCAAGGAAAACGAAUGGCCUUCGUUCAUGUGAAGCAUAACAAGUCCAUUUUCACUCGUGCUCUGCGCAGCAAGCCACGCAAAGGGGCUUCGAGCCUAGCCGGAACACAACAGAUCGAUCGUGUUUGGAUGCAUGUCAAGGCAAGCAUCCCCAAGGGGAUGCAUAACAAAAAGAGCGACGGAUGCCAUCGCGAAGCGAAUGCAGAUCGCAUCUGGAAGUACAUAAGACAGUUUCAGUUCCGACGAAUGCACACAGAUGUGUUCACAGCUCUCUCCAAGCU